AUUGGAUUUUCAGUUAUCAGAAACUGAUAAUUCCAAAAGUUCGUAUAUAAUCCAUGUCACACAUUUGCAAGUGUUUCAUCUGAAUCAAAUUUGCAAUUUGGGCGUUAUUUAAUUCAGUCGCGAACGUGCAACUUUCAACCACAAACAAAAUGUCCGCUCAGCAAGCCAAAGAUUUUCUCGACCGGCUCGAUACAGUCGAAACAAACGUUUAUAUUUUGAGUGCGGUUUUUGGUGCGACGUGUGCAAUCCUGCUGGUAAUUGUCGCUGUCUUUGGCCAUAUGAUAUACCAACUUAGGUCUAAAGCCAACAAAGGCCAAAUUGGUGGCCCAGCACCAUUCUUGGGUGGGCCAGUGGAGAGUGAACGUCCCGACCUGAAUCGCAACCCAUCCCUAUACAGCGCGCCAAUGCCCCGCAUACAGAGCUUGACCGCCGACAAUCUCAGGCAUCAGGACGCGCAAUGGAACAAUGGCGGCCACAGCCUGCCCCAUGUUGGCAACAGGAACAACUUCAGGCCGCCCACAGCUAAUGUAGACAGACCAUUCCCACUUUCGCAACGACCAGGUAAUCCCGGCGCGGCAUACAAUAACAACGUGGGAUAUUAAACAUAUCGAAAAUAUUUAUUACUCAAAACCAACACGUUUCAAUAAUUUGUUAUUACGUAUCAUUAAAUGUACACCUUAGAGUUGAAAAUAUGAUAACAUUUCAUAGAUAAAA